GGAGGAGCAGAUGGCCUAACAAAAUGACUAAGAGUUGUAAGAGACGUACUGUAUUUGUGUUGAUAGAUGGUUUAGGUGAUGUAAAUAUUGCUUGUAUAGAAAAUCAAACACCUCUUGCGUAUGCCAAAACGCCCAACUUGGACAGUUUAGCAGCGAACGGUGUUUGUGGCUUGAUGGACCCCGUUCAAGUAGGACUAGCUUGUGGCUCAGACACUGCACAUCUUUCUAUCUUUGGUUUUGAUCCUCGAGUUUAUUACAGAGGAAGAGGAGCAUUCGAAACGAUGGGUUCAGGUUUACACAUGGACGUAGGAGAUAUUGGUUUCAAGUGCAAUUUUGCUUUGUAUGAUCCUGACACCGGUAUUGUUCUAAAGAGACGAGCAGAUAGAGAAUUUGGCACUUGGGGAAGGUCUUUGUGUGACUAUUUAAGUGAACAUAUCGAACUUUGCGAUUUUCCUAGACACAAAGUGACCUUUCAGUAUGCAACUGAACACCGUUGUGGGGUUCGUAUUCAAGGCCCAGGGUUGUCGGAUGAGAUAAGUGAUACAGAUCCUUUAAAAGAUAAUCUACCUUUGAAGACGAGCGUUCCUUUAACUUUCAGUACGGAGGCUCAACAAACGGCAAUCUUAGUAAACCAACUUUCCAAGGCAAUACACGAGGCACUGGAAGCGCAUCCUUUGAUCAUCGAAAGAAGGAAGAGAGGGCUUACAUACACCAAUAUUGUUUUGUUUCGAGGCUGUGGACGUCGCAUUGAAGUGACAAGUUUUCGUGAAAAGUAUGGUUUAAGAGCUUUUGCUAUUGCGCCUACCAAAAUUAUUGCAGGUUUGACACUUUGUUUGGGUAUGCAGUUGGUUCAUGUAUCGGGUGCUACGGGCGACUACAAUACGGAUCUUCUUUCGAAAGCUCGUACUUGUGUAGAGUGGAUGAAAAAAGAAGACUAUGAUUUUGGGUUUGUUCAUAUCAAAGCUGUAGACGAUACAGGACAUGAUGGUUGGUUGCAAGGGAAAUGUAUGUUUCUAGAGAAGAUUGACGAAAUGAUACAUGUCUUAAUACAGGAGUUGGAAGAUUAUUGUGUCAAUUUGGUAGUAACAGGUGAUCAUUCCACUCCAGUCACUCGCAAGGAUCAUAGUUUGCAACCUGUUCCUUUUGUACUUUGUCCAUUGCCUUUUGGAUCCCUUUCAGCUGUUUGGCAACAGGAAAAAGUAACCAGCUUUUCUGAAAUAGAUGCAGGAUUUGGUUUAUUGGGCCGAUUUACCGGAGAUCAAGUAAUGUCAAUUAUUCAAUAUUUUGCAACUGAUAGAAAUAGGAGUCAGCAGACUCAUUCAAAUGAAUGAAUAAGGUUAUACAAAUGAAAUGUAGUGUUGUAAG